CUCGCGGGGCCGCCGCCAGCCCUGCCGGCAGCCUCCCCGAGCCUCCCGGGGGCGCCGCGCCCACCCGCCGCGGCCCGCAGACAGCCCCGCAGGAACCGGAGGGCGCGCCGCGCUCCCCUUCGCCGCGCGCGUCCUAGGGCUCCAGAGGCCGCGGGCACGAUGCUGCGGGUCCUGGUGGGGGCUGUCCUGCCCGUCGUGGUGCUGGCUGCACCUCCGCCCAUCAACAAGCUGGCCCUGUUCCCAGAUAAGAGCGCCUGGUGUGAGGCGAAGAACAUCACCCAGAUCGUGGGCCACAGCGGCUGUGAAGCGAAGUCCAUCCAGAACAGGGCCUGCCUGGGACAGUGCUUCAGCUACAGCGUCCCCAACACCUUCCCGCAGUCCACGGAGUCCCUGGUGCACUGCGACUCCUGCAUGCCGGCCCAGUCCAUGUGGGAGAUUGUGACCUUGGAGUGCCCUGGCCACGAGGAGGUGCCCCGGGUGGACAAGCUGGUGGAGAAGAUCCUGCACUGCAGCUGCCAGGCGUGCGGCAAGGAGCCCAGCCACGAGGGGCUGAGCGUCUACGUGCAGGCCGAGGACACGCAGGGCCCCCAGCCCGGCGCCCACGCCCACCCCCAUCCCGGCGGGCAGGCCCCCGAGCCCGAGGACCCCCCCGGGGCCCCCCACGCCGAGGAAGAGGGGGCCGAGGACUGAGGUCCCCCGAGUCUUCCUCCUCUCCCGCUCCCUGUGGAAUGUGGGGGUCUCGCCCUCCCGGGGAAGAGCUGGGGGGAGAGGCUGAAGCCCCACCUUUGGCACUGGUCGGACUUGGAUUCAGACUUGGACUUGGAACGCUUCCCGGUUGCCAUGGAGAUCUGAAGGGGGUGGGGCUGGGGCCAAGCUGCACAAUUUAAUAUAUUCCAGAGUGGGGGGCAGGGGUGGAGAUCUUCAGGGCUCUUUUUCGGGGCAGAGGGAGCUCUUUUCCUGACCGCCUCUGAGAUAUGUGCCCUUGGUUGGCGGGGAGAGGGGUCACGGGCUAGGCUGCUGAGUUGGCGAGGCCAUCCAAACUGUGCCAAGGCCCACCCCCCCACCCCACCCCCAGAGCAGCAUCUCCUGGUGGCACUGAGGUGGCCCUCCUGUCCUUGGGAGUCAGGCCUGGGCAGGCCCCCGCUGACUCCUGGCCCUGGGGCGGGGAGCCAGGCUUGCUGGCUUCCUCGGCUUCCCUGGGGGUGGCGGGAGGCAGGGGUAGAGAAGCCUUCUGGGCCGGGGGGAGGGGAUGACCCCGUCCGUCAGACAGCACCCAUCCCUCCCCCCUCCCUCCCACCCAGAUCUUAGUGCCCCAAUCCCUGUUCCAGGCCCCUCAAAGUUGAUGGAGCCAGCCUCCCCCUCUUGGGGAACUCUCUCUGCACAUCCGAUGGUGGGGAGGGGUCUCCCUUACCCAGAGGGUUCCCAGGACAGACGUGGUGGGGCGUGGACUCGGGGUGAGCCUCAAGAAAGGAAGGAGAGGAAGUGCGAGGGCUGGUGGGGGGCCCCGGGCCCCCCGAGGUGCUCCAGCGGCCAGCCCCGCCCCCGCCUCCCAGCUGCACUUUAGCCCCAGGGUGGCGGGGGUCCUGGGGUGGGGGCUGGCAGGCGGGAAGGGAGGAGCCCCCCUCAGCACCCACAGCUGCCUGCAUCCGCUCUUCUGCCCCAGGGCCCCUGCCGGCCCCCCAGCCCCCUGCCAGGGGGAGCCCCGGCCCUCACGGCUGACCCGACAAGAGCUUCUGGAGCUUGUAACCAGUAGACUGUCUCCCCGAGGGACCCCGAGUUUUCUCGUGAAUAAAUUCUUUCAACGCC